AUGGCGGAAGCGCAUCAGGCCGUAGCCUUUCAGUUUACGGUGACCCCGGACGGGUUCGACCUCCGGCUCAGUCGGGAGGCCCUGAAACACAUCUACCUGUCCGGGAUCAACUCCUGGAAGAAACGCCUGAUCCGCAUCAAGAAUGGCAUCCUCAGGGGUGUGUACCCGGGCAGCCCCACCAGCUGGCUGGUCGUCGUCAUGGCAACGGUGGGUUCCUCCUACUGCAACAUGGAUGUCUCCUUAGGGCUGGUCAGUUGUAUCCAGAGAUGCCUCCCUGAGGGUGCCUCCUCCGAGACAGUUCACAGCCAUCACCUGCAGAGUCAGAAUUUUCCCAACGCUGGCCUGGAGUGGAUCCCUUGCAGCGCUCGCCCCUUCUCCGAUAGGUGUGGACCUUACCAGACCCCGCAGACCCGUGCACUUUUCAGUAUGGCCAUCUUCUCAACGGGGGUCUGGGUGAUGGGCAUCUUUUUCUUCCGCCAAACCCUGAAGCUGCUUCUUUCCUACCAUGGGUGGAUGUUUGAGAUGCAUGGCCGGACCAGCCACUUCACUAAGAUCUGGGCUAUCUGUGUCCGCCUUCUGUCCAGCCGGCGACCCAUGCUCUACAGCUUCCAGACGUCUCUGCCCAAGCUUCCCGUGCCCAGCGUGCGAGCUACGAUUCAACGGUACCUGGAGUCUGUACGGCCCUUGUUGGAUGACGUGGAAUAUUACCGCAUGGAGACACUGGCCAGAGAAUUCCAGUACAAGACUGCCCCCAGGCUGCAGAAAUACCUGGUUCUCAAGUCGUGGUGGGCAACUAACUACGUGAGUGACUGGUGGGAAGAGUACAUCUACCUUCGAGGCAGGAGCCCCAUCAUUGUGAACAGCAACUAUUAUGUCAUGGAUCUUGUGUUCAUCAAGAACACAGAUGUGCAGGCAGCCCGUCUAGGAAACAUCGUCCACGCCAUGGUCAUGUAUCGCCGUAAACUGGACCGUGAGGAGAUCAAGCCGGUGAUGGCUCUGGGCAUGGUGCCCAUGUGCUCCUACCAGAUGGAGAGGAUGUUCAACACCACUCGCAUCCCGGGCAAGGAGACAGAUGUGCUGCAGCACCUCACAGACAGCAGGCAUGUGGCUGUCUACCACAAGGGCCGCUUCUUCAAGGUGUGGCUUUAUGAGGGCUCCCGCCUGCUCAGGCCUCGGGACUUGGAGAUGCAGUUCCAGAGGAUCCUGGACGACCCCUCCCUGCCUCAGCCUGGGGAGGAGAAGCUGGCAGCCCUCACCGCAGGAGGAAGGGUGGAGUGGGCACAGGCUCGCCAGGCCUUCUUCAGCUCUGGCAAAAACAAGGCUGCUCUGGAUGCCAUUGAGCGCGCCGCCUUCUUUGUGGCCCUGGAUGAGGAGUCCUACCGUUACGACCCCGAAGACGAGGCCAGCCUCAGCCUCUACGGCAAGGCCCUGCUGCACGGCAACUGCUACAACAGGUGGUUCGACAAGUCUUUCACUCUUAUUUCCUUCAAGAAUGGUCAGUUGGGCCUCAACACAGAACAUGCAUGGGCAGACGCCCCCAUCAUUGGGCACCUCUGGGAGUUUGUCCUUGGCACCGACAGCUUCCACCUGGGCUACACAGAGUCUGGGCACUGCCUGGGCAAGCCGAACCCUGCACUGGCACCUCCUCUACGGCUGCAGUGGGACAUUCCUAGGCAGUGCCAGGCAGUCAUCGAGAGUUCCUACCAGGUGGCCAGGGCGCUGGCAGAUGAUGUGGAGUUAUACUGCUUCCAGUUCCUGCCCUUUGGCAAAGGCCUCAUCAAGAAGUGCCGGACCAGCCCUGAUGCCUUCGUGCAGAUUGCCCUGCAGCUGGCUCACUUCCGAGACAGGGGCAAGUUCUGCCUGACCUAUGAGGCCUCCAUGACCAGAAUGUUCCGGGAGGGACGGACCGAGACUGUGCGUUCCUGUACCAAUGAGUCCACAGCCUUUGUGCAGGCCAUGAUGGAGGGGUCCCACAUGAAAGCAGACCUCCAAGAUCUCUUCCGGAAAGCUGCCGAGAAGCACCAGAAUAUGUACCGUCUGGCCAUGACAGGGGCUGGGAUUGAUAGGCACCUCUUCUGCCUUUAUGUGGUCUCCAAGUACCUGGGGGUCAGCUCCCCUUUCCUGGCUGAGGUGCUUUCAGAACCCUGGCGCCUUUCCACCAGCCAGAUCCCUCAAUUCCAGAUCCGCAUGUUCGACCCGGACCAGCACCCCAAUCACCUGGGUGCUGGAGGAGGCUUUGGCCCUGUGGCAGAUGAUGGCUAUGGGGUUUCCUACAUGAUCGCAGGUGAGAACACGAUCUUCUUCCACAUAUCCAGCAAAUUCUCAAGCUCAGAGACGAAUGCCCAGCGCUUUGGGAACCACAUCCGCCAAGCCCUGCUGGACAUUGCAGAUCUUUUCCAAGUUCCCAAGACUGACAGCUGAGGGCUGGAGAAACGCCAGCUGCCCUUUUGUCCCCACGUUGUGGAGGAAGGGGCCUGUGGCCGUGCACAAGUACCCAGACUGUAAGGACAACUCUGGCAGCAGGCACUCCCCAGGCAGGUGGUGCUCCCUGAGGACCCGAGUAGUAGAGGUGGGGUUGGAGCAGGGAGGUUGUUUUUUUCCUUGGUAGAUACUAAUAAAAAUAAGGCUGUGUAAUCUCUCUCAGCCCUCAGGUACCUGUGUUUUGUUUGGGAACUAAGAGGUCCUCCCCCUGCCCCAGCUCAGGCCAGAGGGGUGGCAGGGGAAGGGCUGAGGCUGGGACACUGUUUGUGAGGGGCUCGUGACCUGCUGAGUGAUGCAGGCUCUGAGAACGCUGUCCACACCCACAUGUGCUCUUGGAAUAAAUUCUUGCUUCAGAACCUUCA